GUUGCAACCAGCAAUACGAGUAUUACGGUGUAAUGCAUACUGGCAGUGUGUUUACUUUUUGCAAACUGAAUAUUGUAUGGAUAGAUGUAUCUGGUUAAGAGAUCCAGGAGAUUGCUUCGUGUCACGUGGUUAAUACAGCAGUUAACAGUUAUACCUUGAAUCAACGCGCAUGUUACACAUUUGUAUACAGGAAUCAAUUAAAACUUUUGUUCAAAAAUCCUUUGGGAAGUUUCUUUGUUCAAAACUCUUCUACCAUUGAAGUUAUCUUCUACUUAUGGUCUCCUCUAUAUCAGCAGAAGAGUUCCAGCGUUUUCAAUCACAAUUACUUGACUUACGUGAGGCGCAGAUUACAGCUAACGACGCUAGACUGCGUGCAGAAAAACGGGUUAGGCAACUUGAAGAAGAACUUAUCCGUACUCAAACAGCUUUAAAUGAAGCUGAGUCUGCUAUAAGUCGUUCACGUGUAGAAGAGUUGAAACAAGAGAAUACACUUUUACGUGAUAAACUAUUGAGUACAGAAUCUUCAUUUCAACUUCAAUCGUCAACACUACGAGCUGAAUGUCAUCGUUUAACUACUGAACUGGAUAGACUAUCACAACAGUUAUCACAAAAUAAUAGUGAUAAACCCAAAAAUUCACAAAUAUGUCAAACAUUUAACACAGAAAUUCAACACAAAUCUAUUCAAGUGGAUAGUAAUGACUUUCAGGAUUAUCGAAUCCCCGCCUUUUUAGCUGGAGAUAUUGAAAAACUUGAGGAUUCAUUGGAACGUGCGGAUUCAACUCACUGUCGUUUAAAAGAAACAAUUGAACAAUUGAAUGCCAAAGUGAAUACACUUGAAAAUAAAUUAUCACUCGAAAUAAACAAUUACCAAAGUGAAAUUUGUAAAUUGGUCAAGGAAAAAGACUCUCUUUCUGUACAGUUAAAUAAAUGUCAAGAAAAAGUUAUUCAAUCUGAAGGUUUGGAGAAGGAGCUGAGAAAUCAAAUUGAUGCUGUAAAACGUCGGAGUGAAAAGUUGAAUCAUGAAUUAAGACGUCAGUUGAAUCGAUUUUUACGCAGUUGUAACAAUAAUAAUGGUGAUUCGGAGUCAGUAAAUUUAAGGAAAACUUCGCUACAUUCAUCCUCUUCCUCACUAUCUAGUAAUCUUAAUAUUACACCGACGGGAUCUUCAACACCCAGUGGGGUAUCGAAUGAAACUAACACUUUAAGUGUAAAUGGACAAAUUUCAAAAGAUAGUACUCCAAAAUAUUCCAGUGCUUCUAUGUUGAAAAACUCAUUCAGUGAAAUGCCUCCAGGAUUUUUCUCGGCGACUGACUUUAAAGCACUUAUUGAUCGAAUGUCAGAAGUUCAAGAGGAAAAUUGUACUCUUCGAAGAAUAAAGAAACGUUUGGAAGCUGAUAUAACUGCUAAAAGUUUAGUUAUACAAAAGGAACUUGAUAAUUACCUCAAAUCACCGAUGGUAUUACAAAAAGAUUCUUUGCCUCAUUGUACUUCUAGCACUACCUCAACAACAUCAUCAUUGUCAAAUCAGUACAGUUCAUUAUCGAAUGCUGUUCAUUCAUCUAAUGUCAGUAUCAACUCUCCCUCCUCGUCAUCUUUAGUUGCAAAUAAUCCUUUUUCAAGUUCAACAUGGUUCCCAUUCAUGAAAGGGUUAUCUUUAAACUCUGAUUCAUCAUCACCAACAGUAAACACCACAACGACAACACUAUCCAGUGUCAAUUUACAAACAGUGAAUCGAUUGAAAUUAAUGUGUGAAGAAUUGUUGACUGAGAAUAUUCAACUGAAAGAACAAUUAAAAACACCAACUGAAACUAAAUAAAUAUCAUAAGUCUAUUAUACUCAGUGAUCUUUCUUCCUUAUCCAUAUACAUACUACUUAUAUACUUAUAUUUGCUUUUGUGGUACUUUGGUUUUAAUUUGUGCGUAACUUUGACUUUUAUCCUGUUUUUCUUUCCAGUAAUUAUCUUAUUCUUGUCUCGUAUAGAUCUCAUUGAUUUACUGAAUGUUUUUAUCACGAUUAUCGCUACUGGUACUAUUAUGAGUAGUAGUAGCAGUAGUGUCAAUGGAAGUAGAGGUUGUCAGCGCAAAUGCAUUCCUAUUGAUUUGAAAUUUUAUUUCAACAUGUGUUACAUUUAUUCUCUUGUCAAGAUUUUACCAACUUUUAUUAUUGCACAGAUAUUUAUUAAUACUAUUAUUAUUAUUAUUGUCAUUAUCAUCAUUUUUGUUUAUGUAAAUAGUUUUUUAUUGGUGUGUUGUGAUAUUACCAAAGUUUAUUUUACUAAUUCACUAAUGCCUUUGAAUUGUCGUCAAGUCGUGUUUUAUAGACAUUGGAAUGAGUAAUAUGGAUUGAUAUUGAUUGGCUUUAAGACAUUUGCUGGAAAUAUAAAAUACCCUCGAUUGGGUCAA